UCAUCAAAGAUGUUCAUGAGGACUCUCUCACAGUUGUAUUUGAAAACAAUUGGCAGCCAGAGCGCCAGGUACCCUUUAAUGAAGUCAGAUUACCACCUCCCCCUGAUAUCAAGAAAGAAAUUGGUGAAGGAGAUGAAGUGGAGGUUUAUUCUAGGGCAAAUGACCAAGAACCUUGUGGCUGGUGGCUGGCAAAAGUUCGAAUGAUGAAAGGAGAGUUUUAUGUCAUUGAAUAUGCUGCUUGUGAUGCCACCUACAAUGAAAUUGUCACUUAUGAACGACUCCGACCUGUGAAUCAAAAUAAAACUGUCAAAAAGAACACCUUCUUCAAGUGCACAGUGGAUGUUCCUGAAGAUCUGAGAGAUGCGUGUGCUAAUGAAAAUGCACAUAAAGAUUUCAAGAAAGCUGUGGGAGCAUGUAGAAUUUUUUAUCAUGCUGAAACUGGUCAACUAAUAAUACUGUCUGCCAGUGAAGCAACAGUGAAGAGAGUGAAUAUACUGAGUGACAUGCAUUUGCGCAGCAUUCGUACCAAACUUAUGCUCAUGUCAAGAAAUGAAGAAGCUACAAAGCACUUAGAAUGCACAAAGCAGCUUGCUGCAGCGUUUCAUGAGGAAUUUGUAGUCAGAGAAGAUUUAAUGGGACUUGCUAUAGGAACACACGGCAGUAACAUACAACAAGCCAGAAAGGUUCCAGGAGUUACUGCCAUUGAACUUGAGGAGGAUACUGGUACUUUCAGAAUCUAUGGAGAGACUGCUGAUGCAGUAAAAAAGGCAAGAAGUUACUUGGAGUUUGUGGAGGAUUUUAUUCAAGUUCCCAGAAAUCUUGUUGGAAAAGUUAUUGGAAAAAAUGGAAAAGUGAUUCAGGAGAUUGUAGACAAGUCUGGAGUCGUCAGGGUGAGAAUUGAAGGAGAUAAUGAAAAUAAACUGCCCCGUGAAGAUGGAAUGGUACCGUUUGUAUUUGUUGGUACUAAAGAAAGCAUUGGAAAUGUCCAAGUUCUUCUAGAAUACCACAUUGCAUAUCUGAAG